UCUUAGAGAAUUUUUAUUCAUUAUUAAGAGAUGGCAAACGUGUCGCCGUUGUUGACGUUCAUAGUAAUCCUCCUAUCAUCCAUCAUGAUCAACCACCUUCCCGUAGCAAGCUCAAAACAAUGGUGUGUAUCAAUGCAGACGGCGAAGGAUGAGCAGCUAGAAGAUAAUAUCGGUUUUGCGUGCGCUAAUGGAGUUGAUUGUAGACCAAUCCUACCAAGUGGAGCAUGUUUUAAGCCCAAUACUACAAUAAGCCAUGCUUCAUAUUUGAUGAAUUCUUACUACGAACAACAUGGCCGAACCAACAAUUCAUGCUUUUUCUUUUUCCCAAAUAGUGCCAUGCUCACUUCCACAGACCCUAGUUACAAUCACUGUAUCUAUAAAUAGGUGAUCCGUGGAAUACGACAUGCUAGGAGCCUAGGAUGAAUAAAUACGAUAUGUUUUUUUUUGUUUCUGCUAUGUUUUGCCUAUCUAUAGUUAGUUACACAAACUUCAGAUUUUC